AUGGUCGAUCGAACAGUUGUUGUUACCGGAGCUACCGGCCUUCUUGGCCGGCAAGUGUCUCGCGCAUUUCAGAGGAAGGGGUGGAACGUAAAAGGCACUGGGUACUCUCGAGCUGACGGCGUUGACGUGCUGAAAGUAGACCUUGGCAAUCCCAGCGAGAUCAACAAGCUUCUGGAAGAGACAAAGCCAGAGGUCAUUGUUCAUUGCGCAGCAGAGCGUUUCCCCGACAAGGUUGAAAAAGACCCUGAGGGGGCCAAGAAACUCAAUGUGUCGGCCACGUCAUCGCUCGCGCAAUCCGCAGCGGCCAGGGGUGCCUUCCUCAUCUACAUUUCGACCGACUACGUGUUUCCCGGACGGCCCGGGGAGGCACCCUAUGAGGCCGACGCCGAAACAAACCCACCCAACUUGUAUGGUCAGACCAAGCUGGACGGUGAAAAGGCGGCACUGGCGGCGGGCGGCGGGGCGGCGGGCUCAGCUGUGGUGCUCCGGGUGCCCGUGCUCUACGGAUCGGCAGAGACGCCGGCGGAGAGUGCCGUCAAUGUGCUGCUGGAUGCCGUCUGGAAGUCUCAGACAGAGGGCAAGAAAUUUAAGAUGGACCACUGGGCGCCACGCUACCCGACGAACACCGAAGACGCGGGUCGAGUCUGUCAUGAUAUUGCGGAACACUACCUGAACGCUCCUGAUCGGGCCGCUCUGCCCAACAUUUUGCAAUUCUCGAGCGAAGAUCGAAUGACCAAGUAUGAAAUGUGCCAAAAGUUUGCGGAGAUUAUGGGGUUGCCGACGGACAACAUUGAGCCCAACACAGAAGGCAACGAUCCGGCUGCCGCCGUGCAGCGUCCUUACGACACGCACUUGAGCACGAAGGCGCUCAAGAGUCUGGGUGUCGAUGUUUUCACCUGCGAUUUUACAGCGUGGUGGAGGCGCGAGCUGGGGGCGUUUCGCAAGUGA